CUUAGUUGUAAAUAAAAGAAAAAGGAAGGAAUUCGAUUUAAAAGUGGUUAAUACAAGAAACAUCAGAAUCGUCUGGCAGGGCUUCUCUGCUAAAUAAAGCUUCUAAAAUAUAACUUGCUUUAGAAUAUAGAGUCAAAACAGAUCAGAAAGAUGACAACAAGGAAGACAGCGGACCAAAGACAAGAUCUGAAACCCCUCCCAAAAAAAGAUCGGGAGAAAAAAGAUAAACAGGAAAAGAGACUAUCAAAUUUUUUUAAUGCUCCUGCAGAUAAAAGUAUCGUGGAAAUCUCUUCAAUACUAACACCAAACAAAUUGAUUUUGAGUAAGGAAAUUGGAGAAUACAACAAAACAGAGUUACGGGAAUGUAUAGAGGAACGACAAAUGAUUACUCCUGAGUACUUAAAAGAAUGUUUAGACCAACAGUUUGAACAAAUAAAAAUAGAAAUGCAGGGGAGCUUUGCCAAUUUAAAGCAAGAUAUAUUGUCAAUUGGACAAAGGGUUAAAGUCCAUGAACAAAAAAUAGAAAGUUUGGAAUUUCUUCUACAGAAAUAUUGUGAGACCAUCGAGAAACAACAAAUGAAGAUAAAUGAUCUUGAAGAGAGAACUACAAAUAUAGAGGACAGAGGCAGAAGAAAUAAUUUGAGAAUAAGAAAUAUUCCUGAAUCUAUUUUACAAGAAAAUCUGGCAGUAUAUCUCACUGAGUUUUUUACAAACCUUAAAAUAAAAAUUGAUGAGAAAAUUGACUUUCUUGAAAGAAUUCACCGACUUUACAAACCAAGAACACUUCCAGACGAUCUUCCAAGAGACGUAAUCAUAGCCUGUCAUUCAUAUUCAUUUAGAGAAAAAAAUUUAAAAGCAGCAAGACAAAUUGGAAGAGACCAAGAUAAAUUUAAAGACAUAAAGGUCUUUCCAGAUCUGUCUUUUCAGACAAGGAAAGCGAGGAAACAAUUUUUGCCAGUUACUCUCCGGUUAAGGGAAAAUAAUUUAAAAUAUCGUUGGGGUUUCCCCACUAAACUUAUAGUUACUAAAGAUGGGAUUACACAUACAUUUGAUUCACUUGAUUAG